AUUUUCUUCUCUCAACGUUCACCGGGAGAGAUCGAGUGGACCAUUGUGGGAGAAGAAGGGCUGUCAAGAAGGGACACUUGUCAACCUCCAGCAUUGUCCACGAAAGAAGAGGCAGCAAGAGUCAAUCGAGCGACUUUGAUCUUCCUCGCAUCCUGGAAAAGAGAGGUUUCCUCUAGUCACAUUUUCUUCGUUGUCGGUUGGAAACUCCACGCGGAUCGCAUCGCCUCAUCUUUGUUUGUCCCAAGGUAGCUAGCUAGCAAGAUGGUAAAGUACAAGCAGAAUGCCCCUGAUUUGGGCGACAAUGUUCUCGUCAAGUACGGAAGAUAUGGUACUGAGUUUGCCGCUGCUCGUUUGGUUGUAACUGAAGAACAAAGGCCGGGCUCGGUUUUUAUCCAAUGGGUUGACCGUGGAGAUCGAGCUUGGGUGGCUCAAGAGAGUGUGGAAAAGAUGGAAGAUCUGUCCAAGGGAGGACGUCGGAGUCGGCGAGGAUCGAGGUCAUCAUCAGUCGCGCCAACAACAUGGGUCAACCAGAAGAAGAUCAAGAAAGAAGUCAAGAAAGAGCCCAAGGUCGAGUCCGCCGAAAAGAAACCACAGAAAAAGGCGGCAAAGGCAACAAAUAAUAAUAGUGACAAGGACAAGAAGACAAAAGUCAAAGUAGAGUCGGUACCCAAGAAAACACAGAAAAAGAAGAAAGUAUCGUCCAGGGGGAAGGCAAAAGACAAGGGCAAUUCAUCGUUGGGUUUAGAAGACACGGAUGAUGAAGCACCAAGAGAGCCCGUUGUCAAACGGACGAAGCUCAAGAAAACCACAGGCAAGAAAGGGUCGUCUGCCGGCAAUGAAUCAUCAGCAGCUUCCAAAGAAACGGGAUCAAUUCUCAGCAACGAAACCGACAAGGACAAUAGAAGCAGGUCGACCAGCGACAAUCCACCGUUUAAAGACCGCGCAACAAAGCAGGAAGAAUUGACUUCUACAGAUGAGGGAGCGGGGAAAACGGCACAUUCUUCGCAGGGCAAGUCAAUACAGGGAAAUGAAAAGAGACCGGGACGAACUGAUGCUCUUGAUGUGGAGGCGAGAGACAAAUUGAAUGAUGGUCAGGAGGCAACAACAACCAGCAAAUCGGGUUCCAACGGAGGCUCCUCUAUGAAAGUUCCUCGGAAAGGCCAAUCCAAGAGUACCUUGGAGAAAACUGAUUCGGCCAAGGCUGGGCCGCCAUUGGCUCAGCAGUCUCGACAGCAACUCACAGACGGCGGUGAUCCAAAGCUUCCAAAGGAGACGCCAAAGCUCCCAAAGGAGUUGCCAAAGCUUCCAAAGGAGGUGCCACAAUCUUCGGCUUCCCAACCUGCUGUUGCUGCAGAAAAACUUCAGAGGUCUUCCGUAGCUCCUCAUCCCAAUCGUACAGCAAACGCCUCAACGGCAUCGGGAGCAGGCAACAAAUCCUCCGCCACUGCUAGUGCUGGAGGUGACUCGCAGUCUGCAAAGAGCGCGAACACGGACGAGGAAGUUCUACAAACAAGGGUGCCAGGACGCGCAAAGCAACCAAUGACGAACGUCUCCACUUGUAGUACAGCGUCGCAACAACACACCGCCAAGCCAAAGCCAAAAACGAAAAUUAUAGUUACGCUAUCGGAUGAUAGCACUGACGAGGAGGAGGACGACGCUGGUGAAGCUUCAACGCGCGUCUCUCAUUCAACUACCAACUCUUCCACUGUCAGGAACGCUCCUGUUCACAUCGCGAAGGAGACAACAAAAGCAGUUCCAAGGGAUCCAGCCUCAAAGAAGGCCAGCCAGAACAAUUCCGCGGUACCCGCGAAAAGCCUUCCAACGACGGGGGACCAAUCCACUUCCUCCUCUGAUAGGAAUGUCCUGCGACCAAAACCGCGCAAAGACCCGAAUGUGGCGCAUGGUAGGCCCGGGAAACAAAACAAGGCUCGUCCGGAGCAAUUCACUGGCAGUCUCUCAUCGGCGAGGACGCUGGAGCCUACUAGACCAAACCCUCGCAAAGCCGCGAGCGGACGGAAGGAACCCACCAAAACUACCUCCAUGGUUUCGGCCGGGUCAGGGGCUUCUCAGGUGACUCACUACAGAACACUGACUUCAACGGCUUCAGAAGUAGCUGCUUGUUGCGACCUGCGAGUGCAAAUUACUCGUUUCGAAGACGCCUUCAUUCAGCUCCAUGGACAUCCUCCAAAAGGGGCUGCUGAACGUGCACCAUUGGCUACAACCUAUUCUCAGUACAGGGAGUUGAAGCGUGCCAUUCGUGCUGAUGCUGCCUGUCGCAUUCAAGCACUAUUUCGAGGCGCUCGACUUCGCUGGGACCUCAUGAGAAGUGAUGACUCCAAGAUUAGCGACAUUGUACGCCGCCGAGCUGGUCGAAAGGAAUUCAGCGGCCAAACUGUUGCCUCGGAGAACGAAUCAGGCACUAUUCUCGAGGAAUCCCAUCGUGCUUCUCGCGCUGUCCAAACAACCGUUGGCAUCAACCGGACCGCUGCAGUUGUUGCACCACCACGAGUAAGGACUAGUGUCGUCGUCGAAGAACGCAGGAAGGAAUCUGUGAUUGCAAGAGGAAACGACAAGCCCACAGCCCAUGGGCGGGCUGCGGACAAGGCAAAAUCGUCUGCGAAUGCUACUGUCCGAGAGAGCAAAACCAGGGAUAGAGAAAAGCCAAGAAAGGAGCCUGUGGUUGAGAACCGAGCAGCUAAUGUUCCCAAGUUGAAUGACGGCAACAUCGCAACAAGGCAGGAACCUACUCUCUGCAAGCAGGAGUCGACCACAUCAGUCACGGAAGCUCUUCUGGCUUCCGGAAGCACUGCAAAGUUGAAGGAACCGGCGUGGAUUUCUCUUUCGGAAGGAGAUUUAGAACCUGCUGCGGCGCAAUCAGACCGCCGGCCACAGGAGCAGAAUGCAGACAGUCGAGUGCAAAACCCAUUGGCGGCUGCUGCAACACGGGCGCCACAGGCCAACGAAGCUCCUGCUACUUCUGCACAGAUGAGCAAAAACAAGGCUGCUGAUCCUGUCCCAAGUCUUCCUGCCCAAAAGCAGUCAACUCAUGGAACCACGGCUGCCACAGCGCCUAUCGCGCGGCCACCCACUGCAGGGCUGGUUCCACAGGCUCAGAACGCAGACAGUCGAGUGCAAAACCCAUUGGUGGCUACUGAAACACGGACGCCACAGGCCAACGAAGCUCGUGCUACUCUGCAGAAACCACAGAUGAGCAAAAGCAAGGCCACUGAUCCUGUCCAAAGUCCACCUUCCCAAAAGCAGUCAACUCGCGGAACCGCUGCUGCCACAGAGCCUACCGGUAUCGCACGGCCAUCUCCUCCAAAGCAGCCAACUGCCGCAGCACCCACUGCAGGGCUGCUCCCCCAAAAGCGGACAAUCGAUGAAACCAAGUCGACAGUACGAGCUCCUGUUGCUUGUCCAUCCACUCAUAGGCAUUCGGUUGAUCUAGCCCGAGCUGCCACAGUUCCUGUCGCAAGGCCAUCCCCUCCCAAGCAGAUGAAGGCUAUGGCACCGAAGCCGUCCACUUCAAAGCAGUCGACGGCCAAUCCUGCAGCAACCAUUGGGAAGCCUUCACAGCCGUCGAUGGAUACAGCCAAGGCUGCCGCACCAAUAAUUGUGAGGACGACCUCUCCACAGCAGUCGAUUGCAAAGCCGUCCACUUCCAAAUGGCCAACCAAUGCAGCCAACGCUACAGCAGCUGCUACUACAGCUCUGCUGUCCCCAAAGAAGCGUCCUUUGCAAGUUGAGGACGCCGCAGAUGCAGCUGACAAGGCAUCCACUCCCGCAAAGAAACGUCUUCGCGAAGACGGCGGCGCAGAGACGCAAACGCGAAACACAGUUCCCUCGACCAACCAGGAUCGCACAUCAACCCAAAGGCAAGAGGGAUCCACCCCUGUGCGACGCAGGAGGUUGGAGGAAUCCAAGUCCAACAACAACGAAAUAUUUGACUGCGUCGAACGGCUGUUUUUCGAUGCCGAUCCUCACAAAACCACGGUCGGAGAAAUUGUCGACAAAUGUGAAAAGAUCUUCGGAGCCAAGUUUUCGGAACGAAGGGAAAAGGACAUCGAGAAGUACUUGAUCACUUUGGCCCGGAAACACGUACACUUGUAGUGACCUAAUCAUUCUUCCGAGUCGAGUGGAAACAGUGGGGUCUCGGUCUCCAGCCAAUAUCUGAAGUGGCUCACCCUAUUUUUUUGUUUUUGAACCAGUUCUUCUACUAGUACGGUAGCCCAAGACAACCAUUGUUUUAUCAAAAUUUCCUGCUAGUAAAAACAUGUCUUGACU